AUGGCUGACAAGAACGUCAUUGCUGCCACAAAUGGCUACGCGGAGGGCCCCGUUACUACCUACCGUGCUGGCGAGAUUAUUCCUAUUCGUUUCUGGAACUUUGAAAUUAAGGACUAUAUGAAGUUCCCUCCGCCCAGAAGCCUGGCCCAGGCGCGCCAUGGCGGUGGCGCCUGCGAGUUCUCACUUUCAUAUGAUGGUGGCAAGACCUGGAAGUUCUACCAUCACUGCGCGAACAUUAUCGUCAACGGUGAUAAAGACGGCCACUUGCCCGAGCUAGAUAUGACUGUGGUUAAUGUUGCCCAGAGACAUCGGAAGAUAAACGUCCAUGCCAAAGGCGAUCAACGCUCUGAUAGGUCCUCAGGUCCCAACCGUCGCGAGAGGAUUCUUAACACCAAUGGAUUUUACGCCUAUGGUGGCCAAGCUGGUAAGCAUGGCAUCGAUCUCGGCCUGGUCGGCACUUAAAAAAGACCGAGCGCGUUAAGACUCCAAUAUUUUAUACUGUCCAUUGCUGAUCUGGAUGAAGCCCAUAGUACUUCUAUCUCUCGAUUCACAUCGCUGAUGGCGUGGCUACAAAAAGACGUCAGAGGAGAGAUUGUGACAAUAAAGAUCGAAAGAGCACUAUGCUCCUUCUUGUGCUAAACGCGAGAUGAAUGUCCAUGGCACCUGUUUAUUUUCC